UCUUAAACAGGCGUAUUCUUAAAUAUUUGUACUUGUUCCUAUACAAUUAUACUUUCUUCAACCGAAUUAUGUCACUCUGACCCAAGAGACUGCUUUGUAGGACCUGGCCUUUUUUCAAAUGCCUGUAUGUUACAAGUUCAGUUAAAUCGGACCUACUAGCGUUCAUUAAAUAACCGUGUAUAAUUUGAGUGCUGUGAUUUUGUGGCAAUAUUUAGGCAGAGUGUGGAAAAACUCUGUGCUAGGAGACGGUUUUAUACGUUGCUUUCUGCAGGCCAAGCCCAAACACGAUAAAGGAAGAUUAACGUUCGGGCUGAUCAAUAAUGACCAGCGAGCAACUAAUACUGUGACUUAAUCAUUAGUUGUAAUACGAAUUACGAGAUGAUUAUCAUCCAGAACGCGAGUGGAACGAAUCUAUGGGAGAUCCUGUAACACCGAUACCUAAAGGAGAUCUUCGGCUAUUGCGACGAGAGGCUCUCACUAUGCCGAUAACGAAUGAAACGUCGGCUUCAGCCGUGCAUGACAUUUUGCAAGAACUACACGAUGAUUCAACUGAGUCGAUCAACGAACAUCAAUCACCACCACCAUCAUCAGCUCGAGAUGUGAAAAAACCGACUCCCCGAAAGGGCACUUUCGGUAUGGCCAGCCCUGAUAGGCAGAGGACUACACCAUCGCCACCAACUCCCACCCCUCGUCUGUUCUCUAGCGCAGUUCGUAGCAUUAGAGAUGAUGCGGAUUACGAGAAGGGCGCUAGCGCGACGCGGGUUCCUCCGGUGCGUCCUGCGGGAACUUUAUCAGGCCUUUAUGGACAUCACGAAGACGAUGAAGAUGAGCAAUAUGAAGUUAAGGAAGAGAUAACUCAACAGUCAAGAGAACCGGGCUCUAAACGAAAAAUUCGUUUUGAGGAGCAAUCGUCUCGUGAUGAAGGUGAACAGAAAAAACAGGAAGCAAUCCUGGAGGAACUGGUAGGCAACGAAAGUCAGCAACAAGCUGCCAAGGAGAGUGCUAAGGAUAGUGGAGGUCAGGAAGUAACUGGUAGAUCUACUCCAAAAGUCAAACAAGGAUUUCGGCUAAGAUUCGGGGGUAAGCGACAACAGGUGGACACCCAAGAACAUCAACAAUUGGACGAAGCUGCUGAUGACAGUGACCCACCCAACAAAGCUGACCAACAGCCCCAAGAAGCCGCUGAUGGUGUGGGAAAAAGUGGCCAAGACAUAGACGGGGAAAAAGCCCUAGAUCAGAAAGUAUGCUUUUCGUACAGGUCGGAGUGCCUUCGAGGAAGUCGAGGUUUUCUUUCCCAAGGUUGGAAAAAAAUCGGGGAAAAUUAUCAGAAAAGGACCUGGAAAAAGAAUCCCCGGGCCAAGAAAAUAUGAGCGAGACUGCACAGGCUGACGAGGAGCAAGCCGACAGAGGUGACCUGGGACCCGCCAAAGGGAGAGAUGAUUCCAAAUGUUCCGCUAGA